AUGAAUCGAAAUACUUUCGACAUCCAGCCCAUCGGCCGCUUCUAUGGGUCCAGUGCGGCCAUUCGACGGCCGAAGGAAAUUGCUUGCUUCUCCUACGAUGACCAACAUAGCUAUCAUCUUGGGGAUUCGUCCCUGCGGUACUACUACCCCCCGCAACUGCCAGCGGAUCUAAACCGCGGCUUUGAAACUUUCCAGAAGCUAGAUGAUGCAGCCGAUGAGCACCUUGAUGCACUUCUAGACACUGUUAGCGCCCUGGAAAGAGAGACUGGAAAGAAAUGCGAAGCCGACAUCAUCACCUGGCGGGGAAUGAUGACCAAGAUUCUCACUGCGCCAUUUGACAAUAUGAAUGGAUUCGAGAUGAAUGCAACGUGUUUUCAGGGGACUAUGUGCAAGCAAAUCCAACGAAGACAAAGAAUGCCGCCAGGGAUGGCCUCCCAAGACCUAAUGGCGUACUGGGGCUAUAAAUUUGAGACUAUAUCUGUUCUCGAUAAGACCUGGGACGCGGCAACCAGAGAGGAAAUUGAAGGCCGCGAAGACCUUGUUGUGAAUAACAAUGCGCAGUAUUGCUCAAUUGCGCGUACCGGAAUCGGGCGUGCGAAACUCGUCCUCGGCGGCGAAGUCGAUGCCAUCUGGGACAGUAAGCCAGAACGCAAGGAAGAGCCUAUCAACUGGGUAGAACUCAAGACAUCUGCCGAGAUCAGAAAUGACAGAGACAUGGUCAAAUUCGAACGGAAACUGCUGAAAUUCUGGGCACAAUCUUUUCUCCUCGGCGUGCCCAAGAUCAUCGUUGGGUUCCGUGAUCAAGAUGGAAUCGUGCGUCGCUUGGACGAUCUCGAGACAGCUAGCAUUCCGAGCAAAGUGAAAAAGUCAGGCCGUGGGACCUGGGACGGCAACAUCUGUAUCAACUUCGCGGCUUCGUUUCUGGAAUGGCUCAAAUCCACCAUCCAGGAAGGAGGAACAUGGAGGCUCCGAAAGCAGGAGAAAUCUUCUGUCAUUGAGGUCUUCCAAGUUGAAGAGAGUGGUUCCGGCGACAUCCUUUCACAGGACUUUCUGUCUUGGAGGUCAACAACAUGA